CGGGUGGGCAGGGUGGAGCCGAGCGGUCCGCGGGGCAGCAGCUGGAGCUCGUUUCGCUCUCCCUCCUGCAGGCGCGCCUGGAAAGGCGGACGCGGAGGAGCGGGCGGCCGCCAUGGCGGGCCCGCAUCUUCCCACCGGGGCCUCCAGCCCGCCGCCCCAGCGGAACGGCCCUCCGCAGCCCCUGUGAGGAGGAAGAGGGGGUGGCGGCGGACGAGGCGCCGCCCCUUUGGCGAGCUUCCCGACCCGGCGGCCUCCGCAGGACCCAUGGCGGAUUCCUCGCCCGCUCCGUCCCUGCGGGCAGGUGGCCCCCGUGCGCCCCGGCCCUCGGCCCCCUCGCCGCCGCCGCCGCACUCGCGUUCGGGCUCCGAGGCUGAGGAGGCCGAGCAGUCGCUGAGCCUGGCACGCACCAAGACCCGCUCGUACGGUAGCACGGCCAGCGUGCGGGCGCCGCUGGGCGCCGGCGUCAUCGAGCGCCAUGUGGAGCACCGGGUCCGCGCCGGCGACACGCUGCAGGGCAUCGCGCUCAAGUACGGAGUCUCGAUGGAACAAAUUAAAAGGGCAAAUAAACUAUUUACCAAUGAUUGUAUAUUUCUGAAGAAAACUUUGAACAUCCCAGUUAUAUCAGAGAAGCCGUUGCUGUUUAAUGGACUUAACUCAGUAGAUUCUCCAGAAAAUGAAACUGUUGAUAGUUUUUCUCAUGAAGAGGAGCUGGUAGGGUCUGGGGAAGACGUCUCUCCUCCCAGCCCUCAAGAAUUGGAUGUUCAGCCCAUGCAGCCUGAGGAAGUAUCAGCCAGAGAUUUCCUGCAGAGGCUGGACUUGCAGAUUAAAUUAUCAACACAGGCAGCCAAGAAACUGAAAGAAGAGAGCAGAGAUGAAGAAAGUCUCUAUACAGCUUCCCUUUAUCACAGUUAGAUGAUCGGGGGCAUAAUCUAACCUGGUUAAGAGAUGGCUGGAUCAUAAAGAAACCAACAACAGAUGAUUCAAAAGCAUCCUUUUGGAUUCUCAUAGAAAUGGCACCCCACUCCAGUACUCUUUCCUAGAAAAUCCCAUGGACGGAGGAGUCUGGUGGGCUGUAGUCCGUGGGGUUGCUAAGAGUCGGACACGACUCAGCGACUUCACUUUCAGUUUUCACUUUUCACUUUCAUGCAUUGGAGAAGGAAAUGGCAAGCCACUUCAGUGUUCUUGCCUGGAGAAUCCCAGGGACGGGGGAGCCUGGUGGGCUGCUGUCUAUGGGGUUGCAUAGAGUCGGACACGACAGAAACGACGCAGCAGCAGCAGCAGCAGCAGCAGCAUACAUCUUUAAAUCACAAUUAAUUAGUUCCAGCUACAGCAGUUGCAAUGAAGUCACUAGUUUCCUCAGGCUUUCUAUGAUUUUCAGUCUUUAUUAUGGCAUGAUAGCAAAACUGUGUCUUAAUGCUCAUCACUUUUGCAGGUGGUGGUAGUUUUUAGGCUAGCUUUUGUAAAUACUAGCUGACAUAAAGCCUCAAAGACUAUUUACAUAUUCAAGCUGAAACAAUGUUUAUCUCCUGAGAAAUCUUAAUUAUGUGAAAAACAUGGUUGCUGUUUAAGUGAUGCUUAUUUUGCUAUGUGUUUAUAACUUAAGUGCUAUAUAUAUAUAUACACAUAUAUUUCGAUAUGUAUGACUAUAAAGCAAAUUUUGUCUGCUAUUUUGUAAAAAUAAACUACAGAAGUCUGAAUGAGAAAAUAAACAAUGUUUUCAUAAUUGUGUAUUGAGUUUUUUUCAGCAAAUGGGAAUAUUAGAUUUUUAAAUUACAGUUUUAAAUGGUGACAGCUUCUCUAAUGAUCUUUAUUCUUAUAAUCACAAUUUUGGAAAAGGUUUCAAAAAUCUAAAAGCAAAUAAAUUGCAAUUACCAG